GCGACGUCCCUCCCCUCUUUCGAGUUCGAUCGCGAAACCCUAAGCCUCGAUCCGAAGAACCCUUUUUUCCUUCUCUCUCUUCCUUUCUCUCCGAAAAUUCCUUCGGGCACUGCCAAAUUCUAACAUCAAUCUUACACCCUAGUGGCGGCUUCUUGCCUUUCUUCCAACUCCAAGCCCUAACCCUAGCACUAGCCCUAAUCCCCCUUAUUCGCUCUUAAUUCCCUCUUCUCGAUACUUGUCUGACCUUUCUGAUUUGUUGUGAACACUGCUCGACGCCAGAUAACGCUGUUUUCCUCCCUCCCACCUCCUACGAGGAAGGCCUUCGUCUGAACUACUGGAUGGGGGUCUCUCAUUCGAUCUAAUUGUUGAGUUUCGGUGGACUGCACGAUUGGAGAUCUUCAAUUGGCCUGCAAAGAACUUCUGUGGAAAUGUCUGAACUACUGUUUGAGCUAUUUCUUUCCUGAUGCGCCAAAAGGCAUGAGAUACAAGUACGCAUAGGCAUAGCCCAAGGUUUUCUCUUUUGCUAAAUGCAGAGAUCACGCCCAUGGGAGGUGUUGUAGAUUGUGGACUUGGUGUAGACACCAAAACUUCACCACGUCAUGCAUCAAUCGAGAAGGCACAGGCUGAACUUCAGAAAGAAUUUGACUUACGUGAAGAGCGUAGAAGGGAAUUGGAAUUUCUUGAGAAAGGGGGGAAUCCAUUGGAUUUUAAAUUUAGUCGUGCAGCUUCAGGCAGUGUACAAUCUACUUCUUAUACAGAUCAACUUGCUGAGCCAUAUGUUACCAGUGAAGCAAAAGGUAGCUUCACAUUGGCUGCUUCACCACAUGGAGAUUCCGUUGAAAGCAGUGGGAGACCUGGAGGUUCUAUUGGUCGUGAACCUAAUAUUGGAGACAAUUUAUUGCUUUUGGAUGGGAAAAACAACAAGCAUGGGGAGAAAAAUGCUAAACAUAAAGGUAAAAGAGGUAGUGUUGUUCUUUCAGAACAAUCUUCUCAAGUUGAUGGUUCUCAUAAUGUGAAAGAAACAGAAGACUCUGUUAUUUUCCGUGUUGGGGCUAAAAGUCAGGCAUAUGCCCGGCGUAAUAGAUCCAGAGUCAGUCGUGAUUGUGCCAAUUUAGGUUUAACUGAUUCCAGUUCUCGUCAUGGCAAUAAAGCAUCCUUUAUGUCUUCCUACAUGCCUUGUCCUAGGGUUACAAAAGGGUCUGUAUCAGGACUGCCAGUAGAAGACCAUGCUGUAUCUUCCAUUUCAAACUCAAAGGCAGCGAGCCCGGAAGGUAUUAUACCAAAGGCUUUAAAUACAGAUGGUCUAGUCGAUAUGCAGCUGAAUUUGGUACAAAAUAAUCACAUCUGUGCUGACAUGAUGAUAGAUGGACUGCCUGAGGGUGGAAAAGUACUCAAGAUUACUGAAAAUGUUCAGGGAAAUGACAUCUGCGAUCGACAUUCAUCUUUUGCUGAGAAAGCUUCUAAUGGUACCUUACCACAAUCCUGUGAUAUUAUUGGAAAGGAUGAUGCUCUUUCAGUUUGUUUAUCAUCCAACCCUCUGGAGUUUAAUGAGAGUAAGAAAGAUCCGUGUGGUGCUGAAGUUAUCAACAAAUGUGGUAUUCCAGAAAAAAGUACACAUUGUUUCGAUCAUGAUGAUGAUUUGAGUCAUAAAACUUUUGUUGCUAACGCUACUACUGAAAACUUAAAUGCAGAUAUCACAGAGGCAAAUACUUGUGUAGAUGGUACUUGUAACAUUCAUGAAAAUACUGACGGUGAUCAGUCUUUGAUGUUGAGGACUGAUGGUAGUUCAAAUGGAGACAUUAAAGACCAGAAAACAAAUAUAGGAAUCUGGUCCAUGCCAGAUGACAGCACAUUGAAAGAAAAUAAGCCUGUUGAUGCUGAUGUCCCCAUUACUGCUAAUGAUAGAUCUAGGUCAGUUCAACCAGACGUCAACAAUUCAGUUGUUCAGAUUAAUAAUGAAGUAUGUGACAGUAGAACUGAGAUGCAGAGUGAAGUCACACCUAUAACCAACGCUGAACUUGUGAAGCUGAAUGAUGAAAUUAUUUGUGAGGCAGAAAAGAAUAUGAAUAACUUUGUAGGUGAUUCAAAUUGUACAAGGAAAGCUGGUAUCGGAGCAAGCUUUCUGGUUUCCUCAACUUGCGAGUCUUCAGAAGCCAUCCUUGUGUCUAAGAGCUCUGCAUCUACUACUGAGCUUGAGACUUCUGCAUUAGAUCACAAAAAGGCACAUGAAGAUGCUACAUUAAAAGAAGCCAGAUUAAUAGAGGCAAGGCUUAGAAGGGCUGCGGAGCUGUCAAUCUCUUAUAAAAGUUCAGAGAAGCGACAAAAAUGUCAUUGGGAUUUUGUGCUUGAGGAAAUGGCAUGGAUGGCAAAUGAUUUCAUGCAGGAGAGGUUGUGGAAGAUUUCAGCUGCUGCCCAAGUUUCUCGAUGGGCUUCUUGUGGUCAAGAAAAGUUUGAACAGGUAAACAUAUGGCGCAAGCAGAAAAAUGUUGCUAGAAGUGUGGCCAAGGCUGUUAUGCAUUUCUGGAAUGAAGCUGAGGUCAUUCAUACUGGUGACAUGGCACCUAAUGCAGUGCAUGACAAGUGUGAAUCAGAUAGGCUUAGGCUAUCAAAUGUCAAUGGGACUGAGGUAGAGAGAAACCAGGGUCGAGUUUCUGUACUGGAUUAUGCAGUUAAAUUCCUGAAACAUAAUAGCAGCACAGCAAGUUAUGCCAUCUUGGCUGAAGCACCAACUGCUCCCAAGAGACAAAAUGAUGCAACCAUUUUAAAAAUACCUUGGGAAGAUCCACUUUCAGAAGAAAGUCUUUUCUACACAAUACCUCCUGGUGCAAUGCAGGCAUACAGAGAAUCUAUGGAGUCUCAGUGGUUGCACUGCAAAAAAUUUGGUAACACUUUGCAUCAGGACGAUUGUGAGACAUCUAACAAUUCUGUGGCAGGUGGAACUCAGGACAAUAUAUAUGAUGAGGAUGAAGGUGAAACAGGCACCUAUCUCCUUCCUGGAACUUUUGAAGGUGGCUUGUCAUCGAAACUUUCUCACAAAAAGCAAAAACACAUGCGACAGAAAUCUACUGUUGCAAGACUCAAUGAAAGUGGUACCCAUUUGUCUCAUGAACCUCGCUUGGAAAUCAAAUCAGGAAAUCAACCUUUUAUAUUGAAUGGUAAAAGAACUUCAAAUACUUUUAGUGUUGGUUCAAUUCCGACAAAACGUGUAAAGAGAGCUACUCGACAACGGGUUGUCAGUCCUUAUCCUUGUGGAGUUAAUGGGCCCCUGCAAGUGACUACUAAAACAGAUGUAUCAAGUGAAGAUACAAGUUCUUUCCAAGAUGACCAGGAUUCAUUGCAUGGUGGAUAUAUGCAAAGGAAAAACUUAGGGGUUGGGUCUACAAUGGACUUUGAGAAGCAAUUGCAAUAUGAUGGUAAUGAAAUAUCCUCAACAUCUAAAAAGAAGAAGAAGAAGCCUAAUAAUUUUGGCUACAAGAAUUCACUAAACCUGACUGAUCCUGAUCUUUUAGUUGUUCCUGGAAAGGCUUCAAUCCAGGGGUGCUCGUACGAGCAAAGGUUGCAUGUUGAUCCUGUGAUUCAGCAUGAACAGAAGGAACAUGUUAAGAAGAGAAUGGAGUCACAAAAUUUUGACUCAAAUGGAGGCACUGUUGUUUACGGUCAACAUGCUGCCAAGAAGCCAAAACUUCUGAAGCAACCGCUGGAGGCUUCGCUUGAGGCACUUACCCCUGUGGCCGGUUCAUUGCCUUCACCGGUUGAUUCCCAGAUGAGUAAUAUGUCCAAUUCAAAUAAGCUCGUCAAACUUAUUGCUAAUCGGGAUCGUGUAAGAAAAAGUAAAGCAUUGAAGAUGGCUGCUGGACAGUCUGGAUCUGGAAGUCUAUGGUCAAAUUUUGAGGACCAGGCACUUGUUGUCCUUGUUCAUGAUAUGGGUCCAAACUGGGAGCUAGUUAGUGAUGCAAUCAACAGCACCCUCCAGUUCAAGUGUAUCUUCCGUAAGCCUAAAGAAUGCAAAGAGCGGCACAAAUUUUUGAUGGACAAAAGUGCCGGAGAUGGGGCUGACAGCACGGAAGAUUCUGGUUCAUCCCAACCUUAUCCAUCCACUCUACCUGGCAUUCCAAAGGGAAGUGCACGACAAUUGUUUCAGCGCCUUCAGGGACCAAUGGAAGAGGAUAUUCUGAAGGCACAUUUUGAGAAGAUUAUCUUGCUUGGACAGAAACUGUCUUCCUAUAGCCGUCAGAAUGAUAAUCAGGAACAGAAGCCAACGACACCAGCUCAUAGUUCUCAUGUGGUUGCUCUUUCACAUGUAUGCCCAAACAACUUGAAUGGAGGAAUAUUAACGCCACUUGAUUUUUGCGAAUCAAUCUCUUCAAGCCCAGAUGCUUUUCCUCUUGGGUAUCAGGGGCCUCAUGCUGGUAGCUUAGGAGUCGGGAACCAUCAAGGUCCUGUGCCUCCGAGUCUUCCUACAUCAGGUGUGAGUACCAUGUUACAGGGAUCUCCUGGGAUGGGCCUAACUAGCAGCUUGCCACCAUCUUCAGCACCAUUGAAUUCCUCUUAUAGGGAUUCCCAGAGGUAUAGUGUUCCAAGACCAUCUAGCUCACCUGUUGAUGAUCCACAAAGAAUGCAACAGUAUAGCCAAAUGCUUUCUGGAAGAAAUCCUCAACAAUCUAGUAUGUCCUUAUCUGGGUCUCUAUCAGUUGGAGUUGAUCGUAGUGUUCGAAUGUUGCCUGGUGCUGGUGGCAUGGGAAUGAUGCCUGGGGUGAAUCGAGGAAUUCCCUUGCCAAGGCCAUCAUUUCAAGGAAUAAGUUCCCCAGGCAUGCUGAACAUGGUUUCCACUGGAAACAUGCUUUCAAGUGGCGGUCAGGGGGUGCAAAACUCUGUCAAUGUUCAUCCAAGUGCUAUAUGUAGCCCAGGAAACUCAAUGAUGCGCCCACGGGAUCCUUUGCAAAUGUUGCGGGCUAUGACCUCACCACACACGACGACCUCCGCUUGCAGCGAUCUCGCUGCACAUCGCCACUACGCAUGGCCUUUGCCUUAAUUGCUUCUCAGCCUGGUCAAAUUGCGGAGGAACAUAGGCAGAUGAUGAUGCCAGAACUUCAGCUGCAAGUCUCACAAGCGAAUGGGCAGUCUAUUUCUCCUUUCAGUGGAAUGAGUGCCUCCUUUUCUAAUGUGACGCUUCCUGCAUCUGUUCCAACAUUUUCAAUUCAACAACACCAACAGUCUCAUCAAAUGGUGCAACAACAACAUAUGCUUGGAAACCCUCACCAUCACAUCCAAAGCACAAGCCACUCCAGUCCACAGCAGCAGGCAUAUGCCAUGCGAGUUGCUAAAGAGAGACAACUGCAACAUAGGAUAACGCCUCAAUCCCAGCAUAUCAAUGGACCAAAUGCAGUGACACCAGUUCAAAAUAAUUCACAGAUGCAACCGCAAUCCCAGUCAUGUUCUCCUGUGACUCCAGUAUCUUCUUCACAAGGUCAACAUAAGCAGCAAAAUUUGUUGAGGAACCCACCAUCUGGAAUUUCAAAUCAGAUUAUGAAGCAAAGACAACGGCAGGUUCAACAACAUCAGCCAAGGCAACAACAGCAGCAAAGACAACAUACACAGCAGCAGGCCAAACUUAUGAAAGAUUUGGGCAGAGGGAACAUGUUAAAUCAUCAUAACAUAUCAGCAGAUGCCUCCCAAAUUAGUGGCUUUUCAACAGCUUCUAAGAACAGAGUUUCUGAUAAACAUCUGAUGCAUCAGGGCCAAGGUGUUUUUCCUGGUAGCCCAUGUCUGAACCCAAGUUGGCAUCAAUCUGGAAGCCAAACAAAUAUCUACACUCAUCCACUGCCACAAUCAACAAAGCAAUCGUCGUCAAUGUCUGAUACCUGCAAUCAAGGCUCAGCUCCGAGUUCUCCCAGCCAUAACAUCUUAGCUUCUCAGCAAGCCUCAAUUCCAUCUUCGAUGCCUUUGCCUAAACAACAUCAGCAACCACAGCAACAUUAUCUGAAUCAGUCUCAUCAAAGCAUUCAAAGAACAGCGCUGCAGCAAAGCCGGCAGAUAAAUCCCAGUGGUAGGAUGCAAUCAUCAACUGAUCAGAGCCAAAUCAAUCAGAUAGUUCCGAGUGCAUCAAUUCCUCAGUGUACUGAUUCAGGCACUUCUGCUUCUGCGGUUUCAUCUUCCACCCUGUGGAAUCCAGAGCCAUUAUAUGAUAAGAAUGCACCAACAACGAUAGCUCAUGUGGCUAGCUCACCACAGGAAAAUUUAGUGGGAAGUGAAGCUUUAGUGCCCUCCUCUGGCCAGGGCCUGGUACCACCACAGCAAUUGUCAGCUGGCGUGUCUGAGCAUGGGCAUAAAAGCGGGGGACAGUGGCAGCAUCAGCAGCAACAGCAGCCUCAUCAUCAGCAGGAGCAGCAACAUUCUCAGCAUCAGAGCCAACAAAUGGUUCAAAGUGAUUUGUAUGCAUGACCUUCAAGCAGGGGACCAGGGUAAUUCAAGAAUAGUACUUGGACCAGCCAUUUCCAAGGCAGUUCCCAACUUCUUUGUAACACUAGUGUACAGAUUUGCAGGUAGUGAAAGAUGAGGAAUACUACCUAUGCUUUUUUUCAUUCUCAUUUGGAGCUCAUUUCAGUGACCUAAAGGCCAGGUACAGAUUGCUUCCUUGCCUUCUCUAAUGUAGGCUUCACCGCACCAGCUUAACAAAAAGCCUCUUGCCUUAAAUCUAGAAUUUGCAUUGUCAUUGUAAAUUCUCUUUGUAGUUAUAGCCAUACUUGGGCUUAUGUAGUAAAUUUUUUGCCCAUCACAUUCUUGAUCAUGUAACGCAGAGAAAGGAUUGUGUUGGUGAACCUGCGUCUGAGUUUGCCAAUGGAAAUUUGUAUAGAUGUGCUUGUUCUUUUCUCGCUGAUAAAUUGUAGUAAUACAAGCUAGUAAAUGGAAAGUGCUCCGUAAAUUUUUUUUUCUCUGACA